UGACAGCCGACAAAUGACAAUUCCAUAAAUACAAACGAAAACAGCACGCUUAGCGCUUCGACUUCGUUAUUUUUGCAAUAAAUUAUUUUUACCUCUAGGUCUUUACUGUUACAAACAUUUUUAAGUGAUUGCACACCAAAGACUAUGGCUUCGGGUCUCGAGAACUACGUAAACCAAACAGUGUCAGUGAUAACUUCAGAUGGAAGGAACUUCAUCGGAACGUUGAAAGGUUUUGAUCAAACUAUAAACAUAAUCCUAGAUGAAUCGCACGAGAGAGUGUUCUCGUCUUCCAGUGGCGUGGCGCAAGUGGUCCUGGGGCUGCACAUAAUAAGAGGAGACAAUAUCGCGAUAGUUGGACAAAUAGACGAAUCUAUUGAUAGUAGGUUAGACCUUGGAAACAUAAAGGCUGAACCUCUAGGACCAAUUGUGCAUUAAGUAAUUGUAAGGCCAUGUAAUAAAUAAGUAUUUUUA